AUGCCACCUCCGUUCUAUAAACCACGGGACCCGGUGGAUUGCCAGCUUCAGGUGGAUUCCGGCGCCCUCAAGGGCAAGACCGCCGUAAUCACAGGAGGCAGUAGUGGACUGGGCUUUGCUUAUGCCAAAGCGUUCGUUCAAGCAGGAGCAUUUGUGGUGAUAGCCGACAUUCAGCCACCUCCAAGUCCAUUCAGGGAGACCGAGGCGGUCUUCGUAAAGUGUGACGUGACCAUUUGGGGCGAUCAAUUGGCCGUGUUCGAGAUUGCGUCUCAAAUGUCUCCAAACAAUGGAAUAGACGUGGUGAUUGCCAAUGCCGGUGUUGCCGGGCCCGAUGUCUUGACAGGCCUCGACGACCCCACACCACAAGAACCAAUGACCGAAAUGAUCGAUGUCAACGUAAAGGGCGUUCUGUAUACCACGAAACUAGCCGGAUGGUACUUUCGCCGCCAUCUUGACAAUCCUGUCGACGGGUGCCUCAUUCUCGUUAGCAGUAUCAUGGGAUACAUUGACACACAGAGCUCUGCUGUGUAUGCUGCCGCUAAGUUCGGUGUGAGAGGUUUGAUGUGCUGCUUACGGCGGAAAGGUGUCUUCAGAGUAAAUGCAAUUGCCCCCUGGUUCAUUGCGACUCCAAUGAUGAGUGAGGAUUUCCUGGAGAUGAUUCAGACCGAACUUCGGAAUAUGGAUCUCGACCUCGCCUCGAUCCAAGACUCCGUGACUGCAGUUCUACGCAUCGCGACGGACGCGUCGAUGAAUGGUAGGUAG